AUGGAGAGAGUCACUGAGCGGUGGAAGAUCUUCGUCGGUGGCCUCUCCACCCUGCGAGGACGCAAAACUCAAAUGGCAUCUUUGUGGCUCGAUGGAACUGCGAUGAGCUCCAAGUCAUCAUACAACAAGCUGUCCACUGCAAAUGACAAGAUGGAUUCCAAUGCCCGGGGCCACGGGAAUACUCGGUCGAAUGGCGCCCUGGGGCGGAAUCAGUCUGGCCUCUCAGUUGAUCCGUCCGCUGGCUCCGAACCAGCAGUGCAGUCGCAUGUCAUCCCUUCUGAUAAGAGAUCGCGCCGCGACAAGUCUGAUGAUCCAGCCGACAAAGUGAUCCCGAAUCCGGCGGUGGUAUCUGGAACAGGUGCCAUGCCGGCGGAAGCAGCAGCCAGAGGUGACAAGACCAUUCCUCAGGGCACCUUUGAUGCUUCUACUAGUAGUGAUAACGUGGAUAGCUCUGGUAGUGGUCAUAUCAAGCGGCAUACUGGGAGCGAUCGCAGGUGGGAGGCCAUCCAGUUGGCCAGCGGCAGGGGCUCCCCUCUCAGCCUAGUCCACUUUAGGCUUCUGAAGCGCCUUGGCUAUGGAGACAUUGGCAGUGUUUACCUCGUGGAGCUCAGGGGGACAGACACCUUCUUUGCCAUGAAGGUGAUGGACAAGGAGGCGCUCAUCAGUAGGAACAAGAUGAUCCGUGCAGAAACGGAGAGACAGAUACUUGGCCUUCUUGAUCACCCCUUUCUACCCACCCUGUACACUCAUUUUGAGACCGAAAAGUUUUACUGCCUUGUCAUGGAGUACUGCUGCGGUGGCAACCUGCAUUCGCUUCGGCAGAAGCAACCUAACAGGCAUUUCAAUGAGCAAGCAGCCAGAUUUUAUGCCUCUGAGGUGUUGCUUGCGCUUGAGUACCUCCACAUGCUAGGCAUUGUCUACAGAGACCUGAAACCAGAAAAUGUCCUGGUCAGAGAUGGGGGACACAUCAUGCUGUCUGACUUUGACCUGUCUCUGAGGUGUUCAGUCAGCCCGAUGCUAGUCAAAUCCUCAUCAAUCAAUGCUGGUGCCAAUGGCGUUAAGAAAGGCGUAGUCCCUGCUGAGGGUGUCAACCAAGGCUGCAUACAGUCAUCAGCGAUCUUCCCGCGCAUACUCCCCAAGAAGAACCGCAAGACCAAAUCAGACUUCAGCAUCAACGGAUCGCUCCUGGAGUUCAAUGCUGAGCCGACAGAUCUUGUGGUCGAUGUCAUUUGUCGGAAACACGAGUACCUUGCACCAGAGAUCAUCAGAGGAGAGGGACAUGGAAGCGCGGUGGAUUGGUGGACCUUCGGCAUCUUCUUGUAUGAGCUGCUCCAUGGCAUGACACCGUUCAAGGGGAAUAGCAACCGUGCCACGCUGUGCAAUGUGGUGGACCAGCCACUGCGGUUUCCUGAUACCCCACCUGUGAGCAAUGUCGCCCGUGACCUCAUCCGUGGGCUUCUGGUGAAGGACCCUCAGAAGAGAAUCGCAACCAAGAGGGGUGCCACUGAGAUCAAGCAGCACCCAUUCUUUGAUGGGGUGAACUGGGCACUUGUGAGGGGUGCUCACCCACCUUCUGUCCCUGACCCUGUAGACUUCGGGCAGUUUAGAUCUAAGGAGAAGAAGGCGGCAGAGAUUGCAGUUGUGAAUGCUCCGAGUAGAUUACCUUCUGGUGCUGCUGCAGCUAAACCAAAGACAGGCAAUUUUGUUGAGUAUUUUUAG